AUGGGAUUCCAUAUUAAACAGCUCUUCAGGAGGGACCGCCACAAGAAGUCAGAGAAGAAAACUGAAGGUCCAGGCCAAGACCGAGUAAAUAGGAAUGGCGUAUCACCUAAUACUGAUGCGUCGGGCGCAGGCGCCUAUCCAACAAUUGAAGAACCGGAGAACAGUUCCCAGGAUCAACGGGGAAACGAUACAACAGAAAGUUCAGAUUCGGCCCAGUCAGACCGACAGUAUCUAUGGAAGGCCGCCUAUGCCAAUCUGGAUCCUGAGGACCAACGAAGGCUGAAGCUGCUACAUGAGUCAAACGGGGGUAAUCAUGCAAACCGCGCGUCUCAGAUGGUGGAAAUAGUAAACUCGGUUAUCGAGACAACAAAGAAGCAGUACGAUGAGCAUCAAAGAAGGGGAUUGAAGAUCAAAAGGUCAAGUGGAGAGGACAUCAACAUCCGAGAUUCUGCUCUCAAAAUAGUCAGUGCCACACUAUCCUUCAGUGAUAUUAUCGGUGCUGUCGCUGCUUUUGACCCCACAGGGUAUGCGGACAGGGUCUGGCGAUUAGUAUCGGUGGGAUUAAGUAUGGUCCAGAAUCAUCAAGAUUUGCAAGCUUCAAUUUUUCAAGCGUCGGGGUUUCUCACCGACGUACUGAGUCGAUGCGCCUUUCUAGAGAUUGAGUGCUCAGGCCGGAGCAGCAACCCCAGGAUGAAAGACAUGCUCCGGAGUGCUAUCAUCCGCGUAUAUACUGCAAUCUUACGUUAUUCAGCCAAGGUUAUUUCAACACAGCAAUCAGGGGUUGGGAGAAAAUUUGUCCUUAGUGUGACAGACCUUACUGAUCAGCCACUGAGUGCACUCAGGGUCGCUAUCGGCGAGGAGGAGGCGCAGUUGGAGAAAUGGGUCUCGAUUGAUCAACGAAUAUCCUGCCAAGAACAGGCCGAGGAUAUCCUUCGUCAAAUUGACAAUGUGCUAAGUGGGAUCCAAGAUAUCAGUCGAGAGAUGGAGCUCUGCCAAUUAACUAUGGCUGACGGCGCUGCUUUUGACUCGUACAAAAAUCAACAUGAGGUUGAGUGUCUCCCAGGGACUAGAACAGAUCUGUUGAAACAUAUAACAGAAUGGUCACACCUCUCCCAGAGCGAGCGUAUCUUUUGGUUAAAUGGAAUGGCAGGAACAGGCAAAUCUACUGUUUCACGUACUGUUUGCAGACUGCUCCAGGAAGAAGGCCUUCUGGGGGCAAGUUUCUUCUUUAAGAGAGGAAAGACGGACUGUGGGACAGCUGAAAAGCUGUUUCCGACCAUAGUACGACAAUUGGUUAUUCAUGAACCUCGACUCAUACCCAGCAUCCGACGGGCAAUCCAGAGAGAUCCUUCCAUAUCAACGAAAUCUCUCGUAGAGCAGUUCAACAGGUUGCUGCUUGAGCCGCUAUCAAGUAUUCAAGAUGACCGAGCGCAAGUUUCAGUCCUGGUAAUAGUGAUUGACGCGCUGGAUGAAUGUCAAUCCGAGAAUGAUAUUGAGCUUCUACUUCGCCUUUUACCCAUGGUGCCACCGUCUAGCUCGGUCUCGAUCCGGGUUUUCCUGACCAGCCGCCCAGAGCUGCCAAUCCGCCAGGGAUUUGAUAAUGUUUCAACGGACGCUCAUCGUGAUUUCAGCAUCCACCAGAUUGUGGAGUCUUCCAUUAAGCACGAUAUACUGCUCUUCAUAUCCGAUAGAUUUGAAGAGAUAAGGCGAAAACACUCGCUUCCGCAAGAAUGGCCUGGAGAGCAGACUAUUCAGAACUUGGUCAACGUUGCGAGUCCGUUAUUCAUUUCAGCCGCUACCAUGUGUCGCUUUAUCGCAGAUAGGAAAUGGGACCCAGAGAAGCGCCUGGCCCUUGUUCUAGGAUCAGGAACUCAGUCGAGCACAGCUACAAGUCAUAUAUCGAAACUUGAGCAUACUUAUAUUCCGGUCUUUGAGCAAAUUCUCCGUAGUGGAGACGAAGACGAAGAUGAAGACGAGAGAGAUCAGCUGAUUUCUGAAUAUCGAGUGAUUGUUGGCACAAUCAUCAUUCUUGCUAAUCCGCUUUCACCCACAUCCCUAGCAAGCCUCCUAGAAAUCUCGUCCAGUGAUGUCAAUCGGAGAUUGGACUAUCUACAUUCGGUUUUGAGUAUCCCUGAUGACAAAGAUAGUCCUAUACAGAUAUUUCAUCAAUCAUUUCGGGAUUUUCUCCUUCAUCCCAAAAUCCGUACAAAGACUGAGUUCUGGAUUGAUGAGAAGCAGACGCAUAAGGAGACAUUGCUCAGAUGCAUUAGUGUGAUGACUAGAGCAAAGGGCGGGCUGUCAAGGAAUAUUUGUCAAUUGCCAAAUGACGGAACAUUGCGGGAUGAGAUAAGUGACGAAAUUAUUCGGGACCAUAUUUCAGCAGAACUUCAGUACUCAUGUCGUUACUGGAUACAUCAUUUAGAGUGCGGAAGCUAUAGGAUUAAAGAUCAAGACAAUAUCCACACCUUUCUGGAAACGCAUUUCCUCCACUGGUUGGAAGCAAUGAGUAUCCUGGGGUUGGCCUCAGAGACUGUGAGCGCUAUCAGGACAUUACAAACCUCGGUGCAGGUAUGUUUAACAUUCUCAUACCAUCGGAAUGACUCGCCUUCUGAGUUUACACUGACCUGCUUCAAGCCUGAUUCCAGUCCAAUAGUAUCAGCGUUCCUUUACGACGCUAAUCGCUUCAUUUUAAAGAAUAUAUGGAUUGCCAACACUGCACCCCUUCAAUUCUACUCUGCUGCCCUGAUGUUUGCGCCAGAAAAGUCUAUUGUGAGGAACGCUUUUCAUGGUGACAUAUCUAGGCGCUUUGUUACGUUGCCUAGAGUGGAAGUACACUGGGAUUCACAACUUCUAACUCUGGAACAUAGCAAGGACGUGAAUGUGGUUGCAUUCUCGCCAGAUGGUAGACUGAUAGCCUCUGGUUCUAACGAUUACACAGUGAAACUUUGGGAUCCAACCACAGGGCUUUUACUCCACACCUUGGAGCACGAUUAUGAUGUCUCAACUGUCGCAUUUUCAAUGGAUAAUAAGUUGGUAGCAACCAGCUCUGGCGAAGAUAUUCAGUUGUGGGAUAUUGCCAUAGGUGUACUGCAGAAGACAAUGGCAGACCACACUUCUACAGUGAAAGCCCUCGUUUUCUCACCAGAUGGUAAGCGACUAGUGUCGGGGUCCAACGACAAUACAGUCAAAAUCUGGGAUCUAGCUACUUGUUCAGUAGUACAAACCCUGAAGGACCACGAAAAUUUUGUUCAAGCAGUGGCAAUUUCACCAAAUGGCAAGCUGAUAGUAUCUGGCUCUUGGGAUUAUACGGUCAGGGUUUGGGAUAUAGAGAUAGGAGCUUUGCUGUGGACCUCAGAGCACGACGACUUCGUCACAGCAGUGAGAUUUUCACCGAACAACGAGCUCGUGGUCUCGGGCUCUAGGGACGGAACAAUUCGGUCAUGGGAUGCGGCCACAGGCAAUUCGAGAAAAGUUUUAACUGCUGGCCGAAUUUCGUCUUUGGAAUUUUCGCCCGAUGGAAAGAUGGCAACUGCUGGUGGACAGAAUCUCCAAUUAUGGGACAAGAGCAUGGACAGUCCAAUUCAGACAUUCAAGGGCCAUGCUCGCGAAAUAUUCGGGGUAACCUUCUCACCAAAUGGUCACCAGCUAGUGUCAUGCUCUGCUGAUGGUACCAUACGGGUUUGGGACACAAACCUGGUUGCAGUGCCUAAAGCUCUCCAAAAGCAUUCCUACGAAGUCGCAGCGACUAUAACCUCCCCAGAUGGCAGGCUUCUAGCGUCAGGUUCCACUGAUUAUAAACUGCAACUGUGGAACCUCGCAACAGGCAUGCCACUAGAGAUACUGAAUGAUUACUCAGGAAAAUCAAAGACAGUCGCCUUUUCACCAGACAGUCACCUGGUGGCUUUCCGUCCGAGGUCUGAUAGCACGGCUAUUCAACUAUGGAGCACGGAUACGUUUGGGAUUUACCAGACACUGAACGACCAUUCGAGUGCGGUUGAUCGUGUCAUAUUUUCUCCCAAUUGUCAGCAGCUGGCGUCAAUUGACGAAGAAUGGACAAUUACACUAUGGGACAUAAAAACAGGAGAACGACUCUAUUCCAUAGAUGGGGGUGGAAACUGGGUGUGUAUAGCAUUCUCACCAAGUGGCACAAAGCUUGCCUCGAGCUCUGGUAAUGUGCUACAGGUGUGGGAUACAACCACAGGCUCAUUGCAGCGAGAGCUAGAUGGAUGCAAAAGCAAAAUUACAGCAGUGGCAUUUUCGCCUGAUGAAAGCUUCAUAGCCUCAGGCUCCAUUGACGCAAAGGUCCGCAUUUGGGACUUAACCACGAACAAACUCUCUCAAACACUGCAGGACUGCGGAGCAAUUAAUCAGCUAGCUAUCUCUUCAAACGGGAGAUUUGUUGUUUCAGGGACCCUUUCUCAAACAAUUCGUUUAUGGGACAGAGACACCGGAGAACUGGUAUAUGCUUCUGAUGGUAACUCGACUCAUUACCGAAACGGAACUGGUCAUUUGCGCUUUGCAACUGAUGGUAAUUACUUGGAAGGAGACUUUGGUACAUUGCGUAUUGGUCCAAGUGGUGCUCAAGAGCCCAACUCCCUAGCUCGACGAAAAGAUAUGAUAUUGGGAGACCAAUGGCUAUACAUCGGACAAGAAAGGUUUCUGUGGUUGCCAGUUGAGUACCGACCAAAGGUCUCUGCCUACUACAACGGCACGAUUGCCAUCGGAAACGUAUCUGGCUUAGUAUCAAUCAUCAGUGUUGAUAUCGAGGAAUUGAAUGGCCAUGCCUGA